CACAAUUGAUCCGCCGGUUCGCGCAGUCUUCGAGCAAGUCUAGGGUUUCCUCCGCUCCUCUUCGAUCUCGCUGAAAUGCCUCGUUAUGAUGAUCGAUAUGGCAACACAAGAUUGUAUGUUGGGCGUUUGUCCUCGCGCACUCGCUCUCGUGAUUUGGAGCACCUCUUCAGCAGAUACGGAAGAGUACGGGACGUGGAUAUGAAGCAUGAUUUCGCCUUUGUUGAGUUUAGCGAUCCAAGGGAUGCUGAUGAUGCAAGAUACAGCUUGGAUGGUCGGGAGUUUGAUGGAAGUCGCAUUAUUGUAGAAUUUGCUAGGGGGGGACCUAGAGGUUCUCGAGAAUAUCUAGGAAGAGGGCCACCUCCUGGAUCUGGUCGUUGCUUCAAUUGUGGGAUUGAUGGGCAUUGGGCUCGAGAUUGCAAAGCUGGAGACUGGAAAAACAAAUGCUAUCGCUGUGGAGAAAGAGGACACAUAGAGCGAAACUGUCAGAACAGUCCUAAGAAUCUUAAGCGUGGCAGUGGCAGGAGCUAUUCUCGUUCUCCAUCUCCUUAUCGUGGUGGUAGGAGUCGGAGCAGAAGCUACAGUCGAAGCCGGAGCUACAGCCGAUCAAGGACCCCACCUCCGAAGAGAUCAGGACGCAGCACUGAAAGAGACGAGAGAAGGUCAAGGAGCCCAAGGGGUAGCAGAAGUCCUGUGCCCAAAAAGAGCCCACCACCAAGCCGCAGCCACAGUGCCUCCCCGAUUGGUAGCCGGAGCCCUAGAGAUCGUCUUAGCCCUGUUGCUAAGGAACACAGGCAACCUGAACAGGAGCGCAAUGGGUCCGAUUACAGCGAGAGCCCUAGGAGGGAGAACAGAGAUGACAGCCGGAGCCCAGCCCGGUACCGCAGCCCCGACACCAAUGGCCGUGGCGCUAGCCCAAUGGAUGACAGAGAUGAUGGCAAUCAUGCAUCAUCGCCCAGGGGAAGCGAGUCCCCUCAGGACUGAUUGAUCCAGUCUCUUCUUGCUUUUCCUGAUAUCAUGCAAUACACUUUGCAUGAACAAAAUAAGUUACCAGUGUUAUGUUGCAGAACUGAUUUCUUAUUUGCAUUCUGAAUAGUCUCUUAUUUGCUUAUAUUGUGUCUGUAGGAGUUUUCAAAUAUUUAUUGUGCUUUUAUUC